UAAAAUGAAACAUGGAUAUGGCAUAGAAGUAGCGUUGGUAAAUGCUUUGCCACUAGCAGUUGAUCAUUGUGGUAAAACCUUAAUCCACGUUUGGGGCUUGACAUGGACUAGGAUUGGCCUAUAUUGAAAUCGUUUACUAACUAAAGCAGGCAUGAACUUGGUAGACUUGUGUAUAAACAAUCAACACAAACACCUGAAGACAUUCAACGUGACUUGAAACGUGACGGAUGAACGAGGUGUGUAUGCAUUUAGCAUAAGAAUGGCGACAGAAAGGAAAACCCAAAGUGGACUGCCUGUUCCGAAAGUGAAAUACGAACUUGACUUAAAACCGGACGAGACCUUACCAAGGAAACCGCCGAAGUCAUGUGACGUGGACACGAAGUGUGGUAUAGGGGCAUGUACUCCUCACAGCCUCCAGCGCUGUGCAAACAUUGCGUCCUUCACAGCAACAGCAGGAAUGGUCUCCCUUUUUCUUCAAACUUUGUCAACAUAUAUCUCCACCCAAAUCACAACCCUUGAAAAACAGUUUGGUUUAAGCAGUACCGACAGUGGGUUUCUCGUAAGUUGCAAUGACAUCGGGUUUCUCUCCACAGUUCUAUUUACCAGCCAUUUCGGGAGGAAAGGGCAUAUACCUCGAAUCUUGGCAGUAGCCGCGAUAAUCUAUGGAAUUGCAGGAAUUGCUUGCAGUCUUUCACAGUUAAUUGAACCCAUGUCUCUACCUAGCGGCAUCAGCGGCAGUAAUUCUUCGUCAGACGAUGGCGAGGAAUAUCUGUGCACACAGAAGGGAAGUACCACGAGACAGAACGAGACAUACUCAGUCGCCGACACACAUUCUUCCGGGUCCAGUCAAUGGGUGAUAUAUAUCAUCGCUACUAGCCUCAUAGUUCAGGGGAUGUGCAAAUCGCCCAAAACGCCGUUGUCAGCGUUGUAUAUUGAUAACAACGUAAGCGACCAGAAAAAAACAGGAUUGUUUUUGGGUGUGAUAACGACACUGACCCUAUUCGGCCCUGCCUUGUCGUUUGCAGUUGGAGGCGUAUUCAGCAGGAUACCUGUAGACCUGAAGGACACGUUACUGACGCAGACAGACCCUCGCUGGAUUGGGGCGUGGUGGCUGGGUUUCUUGGUGUUCGGUUCCAUUGCCGUGGUGCUGGCUCUCCCCCUGUUCUUCUACCCCCGGAGAAUGAAGACGUCCUGGAAAGAGACAGAAACUGAGGCUGACGAUCAUGAACACAAGGAAGAAAGUUUAUGUGAAAAGAUUAAAGACAUGCCGGCGUCGGUGCUGCGGGUACUGCGGAACCCCAUCUACACCUGCUCCUUGUGCGGCAUCACUUGCAUCAACUUCACCGUGGGCGGAUACGUCGCGUUCGGCCCAAAGUACAUGGAGACAGUGUUCACGAUUCCAUCUUGGCAAGCUAACGUUAUGCUAGGCGUGCAGGCCGCUGUCUCCCUUGGCCUGGGAACAUUCCUAGGUGGAUUCUUGACGUCAAGGUUCCGCUUGAAUCCCCAGGGAUGCCUCAAGUUUGUCGUGGGGGCGUGUACCGUGGCUGUCACUUUGGAAGCACUCAACUUCAUCUUCGGUUGUGAAAACACGAAAAUCAAUGGACUAUCCAUGAUGUCAGGCAACGCAACGGCUGACUGUGACUGUGAGGGGGUCAGGUUCCUGCCUGUGUGCGGUGCCGUCUCCGGAGAAACGUACUUCUCACCGUGUCACGCGGGAUGUCGCGUCCAAAACGAGACAGCUUAUGUCGACUGUUCCAUGGAGUCGGAGGGUGGUGUGACACCAGGCCAGUGUGACUCCGGCUGCCCCUUCCUCUACCCAUACAUCAUCACGACGGUAGUCUACGGGCUGGUGGGGACGUUGACAAUCAUCCCGGCUUAUAUCAUCAUGCUGAGGACUGUUAGAGACGACGAUAAAGCUAUGGCUAUUGGGAUUCUCAGUUUUACAAUAUCUUUGUUGGGUUUCUUUCCGGCGCCAAUUGUGUAUGGCAAGGUGAUCGACACGACCUGCAAACUCUGGAACUUCACGCGCGGCGCGCGCGGCUCGUGCGCCGUGUAUGAUAUUGUUGAUCUGCGCAUGAAGAUGAUUGGCAUGAACGUCGGUCUCCGCACAACCGCAUGCUGUGUUUUCGUAAUUGCGUUUUUGAUUGCCCGGUUCGAAAUGAAACAGAGUGAAUUAUCGGGUAACAAUGAAACAAUUAAUACACGUCUUUGAGAAAAGAAGUCCUUCUUCAAGUUGAUGUUCACUUAUUAUGGGUAUAGAGUGUUUUUUUAUACAGUCACUGUGAAGGGAAUAUUUCGGCAUGACAAAAUUAAUAUUUUUACAAAAAUCUACAUUGGAAUGUUGCGUUGCUAAUGUAAAUUUAUAUUCAAUCAAAAGGUAGUUUAAUCAUUAAAUGCGUUUGAUAUAUUGUUGUGUACAUCUGUAUGUUCGUUUGUAGAUGUAAGUGUGCACUGAUUAUGCAAGAAGCUCAUAAUACAACCAAGUUUUGUUUGUUUGUUUGUUGUUUAACGCCGCACUUAGCAAUAUUCCGGCUAUAUGACGGCGGUCUGUAAAUAAUCGAGUCUGGACCAGACAAUCCAGUGAUUGACAUCAUGAGCAUCGAUCAACGCAACUUGGAUCGAUAACAUGCAUCAACCAAAUCAGCGAGCCUGACCACCCGAUUCCGUUAGUCGCCUCUUACGACAAGCAUUGGGGAUGGAAGGGUACUAUUGCAUAGAUGUUAACAACAAUUUUAUAAAAACUACACUCAGCUUUGUAAAUAAAUGUUUCCUCACCCAAAAACAAUCCUGUCAUUGUCCCCUUUUAUAGUCUAUUAGGGCAAGCAUGGGUUUCUGAAGACCUAUUCUACCCCGGAUCGUCACGGGUCUACAACCAAGUGGUUUCAACAACUCUUUCGUUUUCAUAUUUUCAUCCUUUUAAGUUCAAAAUACAUUGGCCAUAUACAUUGUUGUCAAAUUAAAAGUCUAUAUAACAUUUUUGUGAAAUAAAAUAAUAAUCUUUCAG